GUGGCGUACCGACAGGCGGGGCCAGGCCGUAGUCACGUAUCUCAGGUUCCCCGGUUGCGGUACCGGUGUGUGUUAGUCUGUGCGUCUUCCCGGGUGCCGCUGUCCCUCUGGCAUCAUGCCGAUGUUCGUCGUGAACACCAACGUUCCCCGCGCCUCGGUGCCGGACGGGUUCCUCUCCGAGCUCACCCAGCAGCUGGCGCAGGCCACGGGCAAGCCGCCCCAGUACAUCGCGGUGCACGUGGUCCCGGACCAGCUCAUGGCCUUUGGCGGCUCCACUGAGCCGUGCGCUCUCUGCAGCCUGCACAGCAUCGGCAAGAUUGGCGGCACGCAGAACCGCUCCUACAGCAAGCUGCUGUGCGGCCUGCUGGCGGAGCGCCUGCGCAUCAGUCCGGACAGGGUCUACAUCAACUUCUUUGACAUGAACGCGGCCAACGUGGGCUGGAACAACGCCACUUUCGCCUGAGGCCAGCACCGCUUCUCCUGCACUGGGCAGGACCCAGGUCCUGCGGUCCCCAGCGUUCGGUGCUUGGCCCCUCAGCCCCCAUUCCCGGUCGGGAGAAAUAAACGGUUUAGAGACCACA